AUGGCACGCGACCUGAAGAUCAACAUACGCAAACGCACGAUUGGUAGUUUUUUCGAGUGGGAUAAACUGGAUAGGGCAGUUGGCGGUGCUCAACAAGCUUUGGGUACUAAGCUUCAUCAGCAAACUCGUAAAGCAAUAGCCAAGAGACAGCCAGCCCUGAUGACUGCCAUUCGUAAGUUUAACUCUUAUUGUGAGCACCUAGAAAGUCUCUACGACCCUUCAUGGGGGAUACCACUCCCAAUGGCUCUUCCAACUAAACUAACCCUAAUGGAGGAUGUCUGGAUUACACCAUCUGCAGGAGACAUACCACGCUGGUUAGAUGAUUCGGAUGUGAGAGGUGGAAUCCGUGCCCUCCUCAAGCACGAUCAAUGUCAAGAGGAACAGCAACAUCUCAGUAUUGAAGCUGAAAACUUGUGCCACUAUUUUGGAGAUGAGCUCUGUGCUUUAGAACUUGCACUUUCUUCUGAUACGACCAGUGCCAAGGAAGCUGCAGACCUCGCAAAGACACUUACGCGAGGUGCAACUGGAGCUAACCUUAGUUGGAUAAAUCAUCCUCUCACAUUGGAAAUUGAUUAUGAAGAAGACGACAUUCCAGACUUUGAAGCAGGGCCAUCAGAUGUCGACGCACAUCAAAUUGCAUUUGUUGACUUCCUUGAAGAAGAUUCUGUUGCUAAUGAGGAUAUAGAAGACAUUGCCGAAGUGGGAAAAGCUAGCAUUACCAUCUGUUGGGUGGUUCCUGAGUACCUGGAUAUCUCCUUCCUCGGUUCCCCUACUGCACGUCUCAAUGAUGUAUGCAUCAAUGGUUGUGCAAUACUACUGCAUGAUGCACACAUGUCCACCCCUGUGGCACAGCACAUCGCCAUUCUGUCUACUCACAACCUCCCACUAUGGAUAUUGCCCAUUCAUCGGCCAGCUCCUGUUGGUCACUGGGUACUCUGUAUUAUUUACCGAUCCUCUAAGGAAUUCCAUCUAUUUGACAGUUUUGCUGAAGAGCGCUGUAAAGAGUAG